UAUCCAUGUUAACUGGGACGGCUGGCACUGAAUGCGUUAAGGAACAGGAUCACACGAUGGCGGUUCCUUUGGUGAGGGAGCACCUACGAUGGGUCCAAUCUAUUUGGAAGGACGUCAGCGCUGCUCUGACUCGUUCAGCCGAAAGAAACAAGCGAGUGGUGGGUCUUCAUCGCUUCCCUACGCCUGUAUACAAGGUGCGUCAGAUGGUUUGGCUCUCCUCCCGUGACCUCCCUCUCCAAACCAAAUCACGUAAGCUCACGCCACGCUUCAUUGGACCUUUCCCGGUCACCAAAAUCAUCAAUUCCACCUCCGUACAGUUGAAGCUUCUCCGGUCUCUCAGGAUUCACCCGACGUUUCAUGUAUCUCUGCUCAAGCCAGUCUCCACCCGUACGCUGAGCCCUCCUGCCAUAACCGCCACCCCCGUGGCAUCGACCACCAUCCUGCCUUCACGGUGUCACGCAUACUGGAUGUGCGGCCCCGGGGUAGGGGCUUUCAGUUCCUGGUGGACUGGGAGGGUGUCCUCCCGUGUCUCCCGCUCCGCUGCCCGCUCCGACCACGCUGUCAAGCUCUCCCACCUGCUCACGCUUCCGCUUCCUGCACGCUCCUUGCUCCUACGGACCACUAUCGCGCCUUGGAAAUACAGACCCUGAGCUAUCCCCAAAUAAGCCAUUCUCAACUACUUCCUCCGCCUCCGUCUGCUUUUGGGUCGAGUCCAAUACCGUACGAUUACAAAUUGUGACAGAACCGGUAUUAUGUAACUAUGUAACUACUGUGUAUCACACUGUAAAGUGUGUUGUCUAUGUAUUUACAUUUGCUUUUACUUUGCUGUUUUAUUCCGCUGCCUGGUCGACAUUGCAAGAGUCUGUUCUCAACUGCCUUAGCUGGAUAAAUGCAAGAUGACUGAAUGAACACCCUGUACAAACUCUUGAAUUCAUUGUUAGUCCACCCAAACUGAAGAACUUUGUUUGGAUCACGUUUAAAUUUACUUGGUUUGUAACAGUAGUUGACUCUCAAAAUGGGCGACAAUCUCUUCAGUCUUUUUUUCCCCCCUUUUCAGAUUCAAUGUCAUAUCAAAAGACAGUUAACACCUUUUUUUUAGUGGUGAUUGUGCCGUCGAAAAUAUUUUAUGGUGCGUCUACAUAUACAUGUACAGUAUAAUAAGCGACUGAGGGAUACACCGUAGCGGUCUACGAGCAGGAAUUUAGA